CUCUGUGACCGCCAGCCCGCCUCCCCCUCUCCUUCAGCGCGGAAGAGCGAAGGGCUCAGAGCUCUACGCUCCGACACGUUGCCGCGCCCUGGUGCCUGCUCCAGGGGAACGCUGGGUGGCCAGACGGGCGUAAGCGCCGCUGGAAAGGCGGGGAAGAGACUUCAGCCGGAGGGCUGCCUGAGGCACGUGCCGGGGAGCAGCCAUCGCGCAGGUGUUUGAAAAAUCUUCUCCAAGAUGAACUUCUUCCUUGAAACACUCAAAGUCCUGGUGCUCUCAAUAUAUUUCCUGUUAGAAUCUCUAGUGUUGUUGUUUGUUCCUGUGCGAAAGAAGAGUGUUGCUGGUGAAAUAGUACUUAUAACAGGAGCCGGAAGUGGAAUUGGAAGACUUCUAGCAUUAAAAUUUGCUCGCCUUGGAGUCACCCUUGUUCUCUGGGACAUUAAUCAAGAAGGUAACAAGGAAACAAGUAAACUAGCUAGAGAAAAUGGAGCCAUAAGAGUGCAUGCUUACUUGUGUGACUGCAGCAAAAGGCAAGAGAUCUACAGAGUGGCAGAUCAGGUUAAAAAAGAAGUUGGUGAUGUUAGUAUCCUAAUCAACAAUGCUGGUAUUGUAACUGGAAAGAAGUUCAUUGAUUCCCCAGAUUCACUUGUAGAGAAAACCAUGGAGGUGAACACCAUGGCACACUUCUGGACUUAUAAAGCCUUCCUUCCAGCCAUGAUGGCCUCUAACCAUGGACACUUGGUUAGUAUUGCAAGCACAGCAGGACUGUUUGGAGUCAAUGGGCUAGCAGAUUAUUGUGCAAGUAAAUUUGCAGCCGUGGGCUUUGCAGAAACAGUUGCUUUAGAAAUGCUGGCUCUAAGGAAGACAGGCAUUAAAACCACUAUUGUGUGUCCUUACUUCAUCAACACAGGAAUGUUUGAUGGUUGUAAAACCAAGUGGCCACGUCUACUUCCUAUUCUAGAUUUGGACUAUGUAGCUGAGAAGAUUGUGAGUGCUAUUCAACGAGAGCAAGUGCUUCUGCUGAUGCCACGAAGCAUAUACGUUUUAUGGGUUAUGAAAAAUAUUUUGCCUGUGAAAAUGGGAAUUCUCUUUGGAGACUACAUUGGGGCCUUCCAAUUGAUGGACCACUUCAGAGGUCGAGUGAAGAAGGACUGAAAAUAAAGAAUGAAAAUAUCCAAUACUAGCAGAAAAUUCACAUUCAUAAAAUUAAGUAAAUAUUUUCCAUACCUGUGAUGUUGAUUCACUAAUCAAAUUAAUGGACCAGUUUAGAGUUUAAAAAAUGACCUGCUGUUUCAGCUGCACAGAACUUGCCUUCGGUAUAACUGUGCCUCAUACUUUUGUUAAUUAACUGUUUUAAUCAACAGUUUCCAACAUGAGCUCUGUCUCCUUCAUUCCCUGAAUAGCUAUCCUCAAUGUGAUGCCUGUCAUAGUCUCUUAUCCUUAGUGAAUUUGUAUGGGUAUCUAUUUCACAAACUAAUCACAAUUGGCACCCAUAUGGGUAUUCUCAGUUAAGAAACAGGGUGUAAUGGGUUGGGAAGCUAAAUUGGCUUUGCAUGCCUUCAAGAUAGUCCCCUCCAGAACAACAUUGCUGUUAGGGCUGUCUGAGAAAGCUUAUCUUUGUCAUUGCCUUUACUAUUCAGUUGAUGAUUGGAAGUAUUUAACUUUCAAUUUCCUGAGCUGUUUGGCAUCUUUUAUGAGCACUAAAAUUCACAUUCAUAAAAUUAAGUAAAAUGGCAGUUGUAGACACUGAAAAUAUUUUCCAUACCUGUGAUGUUGAUUCACUAAUCAAAUACAUCAGAAGGUUAAUAAUUAAUUUACUCUUAAUGUCUGUGAAAAAGAUUCCAAUGAUUAUAGAUGUAUCCCUUCCAGAGAUGGGCUGAUAACAAUUGUACAUGCUUGUCUGUUUACAAAUGUUAACUUUUAAAUAAAUGACCAUAUUUUUA